CGUCGCUGCUCUCUAUGCUGACCCCAGCUCCUCCCAGCGUUCCCCUGUGACAGCCGGCUGUGAGGAGCCCGCCCUCCGUGACGUCACCGAGAGGCCGGCUCCGGAGCACAGCUAACGCAAGAUGGCGGCCACCACGGGCUCAAGCGUCAAAGUUCCUCGUAAUUUUCGGCUUUUGGAAGAACUUGAAGAAGGUCAGAAAGGAGUUGGUGAUGGGACGGUUAGCUGGGGUCUGGUAGAUGAUGAAGACAUGACACUCACAAGAUGGACUGGUAUGAUUAUUGGACCACCUAGAACAAUUUAUGAAAACAGGAUAUACAGCCUUAAAGUAGAGUGUGGCCCUAAAUACCCAGAAUCUCCUCCGUUCGUCAAAUUUGUAACAAAAAUUAAUAUGAAUGGCGUGAAUAAUUCUAAUGGUGUGGUGGAUCCCAGAGCCAUAUCUGUUCUAGCAAAAUGGCAGAAUUCCUAUAGCAUCAAAGUCGUCCUGCAAGAACUGCGGCGUCUAAUGAUGUCCAAAGAAAAUAUGAAACUUCCGCAGCCCCCUGAAGGACAAUGUUACAGCAAUUAAGAAACAAAACAAAAAAAAAAAAUUGGAAAAAGCAAAACAAAAAACGAGAAAAGAGAAAAUUGUUCAUGCCCAAUUUAAAAGGAAUUUAUGCUCUCGUCAUUUUCCACAGUAGUAAAUUUUCUAGAUACAUCUUGUAGACCUCAGACGUACUGGAAGUUUUCCCGAGAUAAUGCCAGUUUAUCUUGAGAUGCUGUAAAUUAUACUAAUAUUUUUUUUUUCCCCUUCCCUCAUUUUCGAAACAGAAAUCUAAGUUUGUGCUAUAACAAUAAUCCUGUCUGCAUUGUCAACGUUCCAGUGUCGAGAAAAAAAAAAAUCUAUUUAAAUUCUUCCUGUUUGCGAGCAGCGUGGCACAUUAUCUGACUGUGAAGCCUGUAUCACACAAUCACGUUAUUGCUGCAGUUUAUUUUUUACAAUUUUCUUUUCCUCGCUAUAGACAUUUAGUUCAAGUCCAUCGAGGCGUCGAUUUGUUUCCUCAUUUCAGAUUUUUUUUUUUUUCUGCUUUAUUCUUUUUGUGUCCAGUUUUUAGACUGGGUUUCAUGGACUACUAAUGAGAAUGCGUGCUAACUUGGGUCAUCCCCUCCCCUCCUUUGUGUCGUCUCUAAUAAAUGCUGGAUGUGGCAGA